AUGCGCAAUCCCAUCAGCUCACGCUCGCGAACAAAACCAGGAAACGACUUAUACCAGAACCACCACGCGAUUGUCCGAUGGACGACGACACGUGCGCGAGGAGGAAGAGACCGUGAUCCGCACGCGUCGACCUCGUCCGAGAUCCCCAGCUCCCUCGCCACUAUCUCUUCUCCCGUCGUCGUCGUCGUCGUCGCGGAUCAUCGCAAGUCGAAGCCCAUCGCCUCCGCCGCCGCCGACGCCGAUUCUGAAGCAGUCGAGACACCCGCACAGUUUCUACGAAGACCAACCCCACCGUCGGAGGUCAUAUGA